CCUGUAGAUUACUGCCAUCACCUCAGGAUCUCCAACUCAAACAUUCCCAGCUACCUGUAUUCACUACUUUCCUCGAUCAUUUCACGUACCGAUGAUAUCUUUGACACCCCUCUCUCUCUCUCUCUCUCUCUCUCUCUCUCUCUCUCUCUACACAUAAUAUAUAUACAUAUAUAUAAUUCCAACCCCUCUAUUCCGUAGUGGUAGACGACGAAGUUUGCAUGGUUUUGGCCUUACUGCUCGAUCACACUGCUCUCUCUCUCUCUCUCUCUCUGUGCUUUCUAAUGGUGAGGAGGAAGCCCAGCAUGGGGCGGCAGAAGAUAGAGAUCAAGAGGAUACAGAACGAGGAGGCGCGACAAGUGUGCUUCUCUAAGCGCCGUAGUGGGCUCUUCAAGAAGGCCAGCGAGUUGACCAUCCUCUGUGGCGCGGAGCUGGGGGUUGUCGUGUUCUCCCCCACCGGCAAGGUGUUCUCCUUCGGCCACCCCACCGUCGACGCCGUCGUCGACCGCUUCUUCGCCGGCCACCCGCACCCGCAGGCGGCCGUCGCAGCCGCGUCCACGGCGGCCGAGUCCCGCCGCGAGGCGGCCGUCCGCGAGCUCAACCGCCAGUGCAUGGAGCUGCACGACCUGGUCGAGGCCGAGAAGAAGAAGCGCGACGCCCUCGAGAAGGCCAUGAAGAAGGUGCAGGCGGCGGAGCCGCUCUACUGGGACGCCGACGUCGAGAGCCUCGACACGGAGGAGCUGCAGGAGUUCGAGAGGCGACUGGUGGAACUGCGGAACAACGUGGCGAGGAGGGCCGACCAGCUCCUACAACAGUCCUUCGUUCCCAAGCAGCAGUUCCCCGAUGACGCCGUCGCCAUGCAGGGGGCUCUCGCCGUCAAGAACGAAGGCGACAUGCGUCCUUCUCCUCUUGCCGGCGGAUUCGGCUACGGCCAUGGGUUCUCUGGGUCGAUGUAGUUGAUUCAUCUUCUUGAUGCUUUACGUGGUAGACUGCGUUAUCAUGGUCAAGGAAAAAUGCAUGUGUACUCCUCCCACAUAUACUGUAUCUCGUUGUUCUAAUUGCUUUGGUCUCUAUCCAACUAUGAAAUGCAAUAGUUGUAAACACAUACAUCUACAUCGUCUAGCAAUUAUAUCGGUCAUUCUAAUGAUCAUACAACAAUAACAA